CAUGGAUAACUGAAAGUAUAUGCCUUAGUGUAAUAUAUUUUGCAUUCUGUUAAAGUUGUAAACUGAGCAUGAGUUUUAAGAAAGAAAAUGGAGAACUUGAAAAAGAUUAUGCUGAAAAUAUGAAUGAAGACGAAUUAGAAGGAGCAAUUACCUCUGCAUUACAACAUGUUGAAGUCCCUCCUAUUCCUCGACGUGUCAAAGUUUACGAAAUGGAGAAUGACAACUGGACGGAUUGUGGAACUGGCUAUUGUAAUGGUUUAAUAGAAGAUUCGAUUGCGUAUUUCAUUGUAUAUUCUGAAUCCGAUAAUGAAACCAUUCUUCUAAAGACACAGAUCGUUGCAGAAGAUAUUUAUACUCGUCAAGAAGAGACUUUAAUAGUAUGGCAAGAGUUAAAUGGAACAGACCUUGCUCUCAGUUUUCAAGAAUCCAUCGGUUGUAUCGACAUGUGGAUGUUCCUCACAAACGUUCAGAAAGCCAUUUGUUCGAUAACUGGAAACUUUUCAAACGAUGAUAUUCUAACAGAUGAUGGUACAGCACAUGAAAAGUACUUUCAAUCUGUUAGUUUACCCUCUCCUGAAUUAGCGAAUCUUCCUGAAAUCGAAGAAACUGUUUUUGGAUUUAUGAAUUCCGUUCACACAAGAGAUCAUCUUGUGCGUUAUUUAUCCAAUGAAGACUAUGUCGCUAGACUUAUCGAACUUUUUCCGUUAUGCGAAGAUUUGGAAAACACUGAUGAUUUACAUCGAUUAUGCUCUAUAAUUAAAUGCUUUGUCCAAUUAAAUGACGCUCCAUUACUUGAAUCCCUCGUUUCUAAUGAUGAAAAACUAAUGACCAUCGCUGGAAUCUUGGAAUAUGAUCCCGAGUUUCCUAAUAUAAAGGCUAACCAUCGCGAGUAUUUGACUGAUACCUCCAAGUUCAAACAAGUCGUCCCUAUUCGAGAACCCCGUAUCCUUGCAAAGAUCCACCAGACUUUUAAACUGCAAUAUUUAAGAGACGUUAUAAUAUCAAGGAUCGUUGAUGAACCUUCCUUUUCCGUUUUGAAUUCUUUUAUUUUCUUCAAUCAAGCAGAUAUAAUCCAAUACCUCCAAACUAAUAAGUGUUUUCUGCUUGAACUAUUCAGUAUUUACACAAACGAUUCCCAUGACGACGAAAAAAAACAAGAAGGAAUUUUCUUUAUACAGCAGGUCUGUAAUAUUGCAAAGAGCUUACAAUUCCAAUCUUGUUCAGCUUUAUUCGUGACUUUCGUGAAAUAUAAUUUACUUCAGGCACUGGAUUACGCAAUGUCAAGCCCCAAAAAUAAUGUACGAAAUGCUGGAUCCGACGUUUUAGUCUCAAUAAUUGAUCAGGACCCUGCAAUUAUUUGGCAAAAAUUUGACCAAGAUCGUAAAGAUGACUCGACUUCAUCUUCUUCUGCACGUAUCUCACAACAUUCUUUAUUAUCCACUUUAAUAAACAUACUUCACAGGGAAACAAACCCAGGAGUUCUCGCACAAAUCGCAGAAGCAUUUCGUAUCUUGCUGAGUCUUCCAGGGAACUACGCAUUUAGUAAUCCUUAUCGAAAUGCUGAUGGAACCACUCGAAGUAAAUCUGACAGUAUAGUCGGACUUAACUUUAUCGAUAAUUUUUACGACAAUUCAUUUACAUAUUUGGCUGACCCACUGUUGAAACUUACGAAACCCGAGGACCUCAAUGAAACCAAACUGGAUUUGUAUGUGCAUUUAUGUGAACUUUUUAGCUAUUUUUUUAAAAUUCACGAGCAAUGGACUCGACAGCUGGGAACCUAUAAAGUGAUAGCGUCUAAAAUUGCGUUUUUGCUAAAAAGCACGAAAAAAUAUGUUGUUUUGAGCGGUCUUCGGUUUUUUCGUUCAUGUUUGGCAGCCCGUCAAGCUGAUAUGUCUUCUAUUAUGUUGGAACAUGAUAUCUUUGGUAAAAUUUUGGAGCUAAUGAUGCAGGUAAAGUCUGAAAGGGGUCUGCUUAAUUCAGCAACCCUUGAAUUUUUUGAAUAUAUACGCUCUGAUGGUUCGGAAGCUAUUCUUGAUCAUUUGAACAAACACUAUCACGCUCGACUAGAAUCACUGUCAGAGUUUCGUACGUUUUCUGAAUUACUACAGUUGAUAGAUAAUUUGGGUUCUGGUUCGGAAAGUUUUAAAAGCGUUAGUACACAUGAUCCUACUGAUCUAGACCUCGAAAACACGAGAAAAAAUAACAAUGAGAAAACACCAACACCUGAAAAAUCAUCUGUUCGGAAUGGUGAUACGGCGGAGUCUUCCGACAGUGCACAGUACUUAGGAAACAAGCUGGAUGUUACAAACACAUCAGACAGUAGUCGUCAGUCUAUACUUGAAGAUCGUUAUUUCUUGGAGUCCGCUAUGCUUAAUACCGAAUCUACUAAUACUUCAGAAAUUAGCUUGAAUCACCUUCAAAAUUCCAAGAGGAAAUCAGAGUUAGACUUGGAAAACAUAGGAGAGGAAGAAGAAUCUCCGAAAAAGAGGGUAGCUUACGAGAAUUAAAAUAUUGAAAAGUCGUAAGCGGUUUUAUAGAAAUCUGAUUACUAUUUAUAAAGGUUAUUAAAUCAAUCUAAUUUUCUUACCAUUUACAAAAACCAAAUUUUUUAACUUUUGAAUUCAUUAGUUACUCUAUCAUGAUGAUGAAGCCUCCGAAAUGCUUUGAGUUGUUUGAGAUAAAUAAGUUUUAAUCAUAAUGAAGCGGUUGACGAUGAUAAUAAGAAGUUAAAUAGCAAUUAAGAAAUAUAUUUGAGUCCGGGAAACAUUUAUUAUACAGGCGCGUUAAUUAUGAAACAACAUUCGGAUAAAUAUAAAAAGGAGUAACCAAAGAAUGAAAGAGAAGUCGAU